AUGAGUCGUGCUGUUUUGGAAGAUCUGAUCAUCCCUUCAGUUAUCUCCAAGGAUGAAUGUCUUUUCUGCUAUGCAUCUGUUUACAAUGAGUCAAAUGACUCGCAGAUACCAACACAUUCACUCUACAUAUGUCUAACUACAUUCCAACCAGUAUGUGAGAAGCAUUUACCAUUUCAUUCACAAGUUAUCAAAGAAUACGCAAGUAGGGACACGCUAUAUUACUUGAACAUCAGCAAAGUCAAAAAGCUAGUUCCUGAAGACAGCAAUAAAGAUGAUGAUGGAAAUAUGAACAAAAAAAUCAAGCUUCAUGUUGUAGAGAAAUCUGAAGAUGAACUGUAUAACACCUUUUGGAUGCUAAUUAAAUAUGACGCAGAUCAAUUAACUUCUGAACAGAUGUAUAGCUGUUCCGAUUCUAAUGUCCCCGCUGUGACAAGAGAAAAGGUAGAGCAAAUCUUACGCACGAAAUCUCAGGAGAUGGUGGAUCAAACUGCUUCUUGGGAAUUAUCGAUUAACUCGUGCAUUCAUACUCGUAAUUUUAAGGUACCAGAAGGACCCUCCAAGAAAUUAGUCGAAAAGUGCUUUGAUUGCGACUUGGCACAAAAUUUGUGGUUGUGUUUGGUUUGUGGUAAUAUCGGGUGUGGAAGAGAGCAAAUAGGUAUUGAAGGGCAUUCUCAUGCGAAAAAGCAUUAUGAAAAUAAUCCUGAGCAUGGGCUGGCUGUAAAACUGGGGUCGUUAAGCAGCACUUCAUGUGAUGUCUAUUGUUACGCAUGCGAUGAGGAAGUGAAAUUUGAUGAUCAGAGUGUUUUCAUUCAGACGCUAAUUAAGUAUGGUAUUGACAUAGGAAGCAAAGAAGCAAAUGAAAAGACGUUGGUUGAAUUACAAGUAGAACAAAAUAUGAACUGGGAUUUUCAAAUGACAGAUUCCAAGGGUCAAGGACUAAAAAAAAUGAUGGCAAGCAAGGAAUAUGGCUGUGGACUAAUUAAUCUAGGUAAUUCAUGCUAUAUGAACUCGGUAUUGCAAUGUCUGCUUAACGGAGGAGUUAAACAUUAUUCGCUAGACCUGAUUGGCCAUGACUUUCCGAUAGCUGUAGUUUAUCCAGAAAAAAAUGUGGAAUGCCAAGUAAUAAAAUUGAACAACGCAAUGUGCUUAGAACCUAAUAUUUAUCCUGAUGGCAUUAGACCGAAGAGUUUCAAAAGGUGCGUAGCGCAAUCCCAUCAAGAAUUUUCCAGUGGAAAACAGCAGGAUGCACUUGAAUUUUUAACAUAUUUAAUUGAUUUCCUCGAUGAAAAGCUAUUGAAAAAAAUGUCUUCUAAUCCAAAUGACCUUUUGAAGUUUGUAUUUGAAGACAGGCUAGAGUGUAAAAGAUGUGGUAAGGUCAAGUACACCUCUCAACAGGCCUCUUCGAUUCAAAUUCCUUUAAUGGAAAAUGAUCAGCCCCAGAAUUUACUCGAUAGACUGCGAGACUACACAUCUGGAGAAGAAUUAGAAUUUAGGUGUCCUGUGACGGGAGAAAUGGGUACAGCAGUUAAGUCGGUGGGAUUUCGUACUUUCCCCGAUACGUUGGUGAUUAAUCCAAUCAGAAUAAAACUAGAAAACUGGACUCCUGUAAAGACUAACAAUGAGCUUGUAAUGCCAGGGCUUGAGGAUAUAAGAGAUACCCUGGACAUAUCACAAUUCAAGUCCUUUGGAUUCAAUCCAAGUACCGAAAAGUUACUUCCCGAAACUGACGAUAGUGCCAACAGUUUUGAGGCUAAUCCAGCUUGCGUUGCUCAGCUUUCAGAAAUGGGAUUUGGAGCAAACGCUAUCACAAAGGCAUUAUAUGUUACAGGGAACCAAGAAACUGAGGUAGCCAUGAACUGGUUAUUUCAACAUAUGGAUGAUCCUGGUUUGAAUGAGCAAUUUUCUCCUCCAUCGAAAACGAAUGAAAAAGACUCUUCUCACCAAGUAAAUCCUGAAUUAUUAGAAAACAUGAUGUCGAUGGGUCUUGAUCCCAAGUUAUGUCGCAAGGCAUUAAUUCUGAAUCACGGUGAUGUGAAUGCAAGUGUAGAGUGGGUAUUCAGCAACAUGGAUGACAAUGGAGAACUAGAGGAAGAACCUACCACGUCGGAGAAUCCAGAUAGCGAAGUCACGUACGGAUACCCGGAGGCGGCACCUUACGAAUUGACUGGUGUAGUAUGUCACAAAGGCAACUCCGUUCAAUCGGGCCAUUAUGUGGCCUUUAUUAGAAAAGAAGUUGAAGGUAAACAGACGUGGAUUCUAUAUAAUGAUGAAAAGAUUGUCCUCGCUUCUGAGGAAAGCCUCAACGAGAUAAAAAAGAACGGAUACCUCUACUUUUAUUCCAGAAUCUAA